AUGCUUAUUUCAUCUUGUAUCUUACAGGCGCUAUGCAUUCCCCGUAAUGAACGUUGUGCGAUCAAAUGCAUCAAUUUGGAGAAGUGCCAGACGUCAGUCGAUGAGCUCAGUCAUGAGAUUCAGGCGAUGUCAUUAUGUGCACACCCGAAUGUGGUGAGCUAUCAUACGUCGUUCGUUGUGGGAGAGGAACUUUGGGUAGUUAUGCGGCUGUUGAAUAGCGGUUCAAUGUUGGACAUCUUGAAAAGGAAGAUCAAGGCUAUCGGUAAAGAGCAAGCAAUGUAUGGUGUAUUGGAUGAAACAACGAUCGCUACUGUAUUGCGUGAAGUGUUGAAAGGUCUUGACUAUUUCCAUUCUAGUGGUCAAAUUCAUCGCGAUAUAAAGGCGGGUAAUAUUCUUAUUUCUGAUGAUGGUACUGUGCAGAUAGCUGAUUUUGGUGUAUCUGGUUGGUUAGCAUCAUCCGGCGGCGAUCUCUCACGUCAGAAGGUUCGUCACACAUUCGUCGGCACACCUUGCUGGAUGGCACCAGAAGUGAUGGAACAAGUUCAAGGAUAUGACUUCAAAGCAGAUAUAUGGAGUUUGGGUAUUCUUGCUAUUGAAUUGGCUACUGGAACUGCUCCAUAUCACAAAUUCCCACCUAUGAAGGUGUUGAUGCUCACAUUACAAAAUGACCCGCCUACAUUGGAAACUAAUGCUGACAGAAAAGAUCAGUACAAAGCUUAUGGAAAGUCGUUCCGUGCGCUUAUCAAGGACUGUCUUCAGAAGGAUCCAACGAAACGUCCGACUGCCUCAGAACUUCUCAAGUACUCGUUUUUCAAAAAGGCAAAAGAUCGCAAGUAUCUAGUUCAUUCGUUGAUAGAAAAUCUCGCAGCUGUGCCAGUAAUUAGCCAUCACAAUACAAAGAAGGUUGCAUCAGGAAAACUUCGAAAGGAUAAAGAUGGUAACUGGGAAUUCGAAUAUGACUCACCGGCAGGCAGUGAGUCGAGUGAUGAAGAGGACGUACGAGCGGCUAAAGGCGCGGUUACCUCUACGACCAAUGCCGAAAUUCCCCAUGCUGAGGAGAUCGGUGCUCCGGGUGAAACCUUGAAUCUUGUACUUCGUGUGAGGAAUCAGCAGCGUGAGCUAAAUGAUAUCAAGUUUGACUAUACCCGAACUGCGGACACAGUGGAAGGUAUUGCGCAUGAACUGGUGACUGCUGAAUUGAUCGAUUGUCACGAUUUGGUGAUUGUGGCGGCAAAUCUGCAAAAACUUAUUGACCUUGCUGAACAGAAGAGUGAAAAGCGAUCGGUAACAUUCGCACUCAACUCCGGCGUCGCUCCAAAUGAGAUUCCUGAUGAGCGAACGCUGACGGGUUUCGCGCAGAUAUCGUUAAUUGACUGA